CCCGGUUCCUGCAGGCCCCGCGCCGCCCGCGUUCCUAUGGACAGACGCACAGACACCUGCAGUCUGGGACUGCAGCCCAUGGGAUGGUGGCACCCGCAUUCAUGACAGAUCUUCCAUCCUUAGUUAAAUCUCUGUGGAAAAGCCCUAACAGCAUGUCCAGAGGAAAGACACUGCUGAUUCUGUAACAUGGAGGACUGUCUUCAUACCUCAUCUGAGAAUCUGUCCAAAUUGGUCAGCUGGGCCCAUAGCCAUGGGACCAUUUGCAGCCUCAUUCCAAACCUGAAACACUUGCUUUCUGAAGGUUCCCAUGGGAACCUAACUGCAAUGUGGGGCUGUAGUGCUGGCCAUGCUUACCACUGGCCUCUAACAGCUACUUGCAGAGCUGGGUCCCAAGAGAGGGUCUGUUUCCAGGACAACCGAAGUUUUAAUUCUGAUAGUCCCAGUAUAAUUGGGGUGCCUUCUGAGACGCAGACUAGCCCCGUGGAAAGGUACCCUGGGAGACCUGUGAAGGCAAAGCUGGACUGUAACCGGACCAGAGACUCUUGUGACUUCUCUUACUGCAGUGAGCCCUCUGAACUGGAUGAAGGUGUGGAAGAGUAUGAAGAUGAAAACACACUGUUUGACAUGGUUUGUGAGUCUUCUGUUACAGACGAGGAUAGCGACUUUGAACCCCAAACCCAAAGGCCUCAAAUUAUUGCUCGCAAAAGGCCAGGAAUCAUUCCGUCUUCCGUCCAUUCAAGCUCCCAGGGACAGAUGAUUGAUGACUGUAGUAAUGAUGUCAUCAUCAAGAAAAUCAAGCAAGAGAUUCCUGAAGAUUAUUAUAUUGUGGCAAAUGCUGAGCUGACUGGAGGAGUGGAUGGACCAGCCCUUUCAUUGACACAGAUGGCAAAGCCCAAGCCUCAGACUCAUGCUGGUCCCUCCUGUGUAGGGUCUGCUAAGCUGAUUCCCCAUGUAACAUCUGCCAUCAACACAGAGCUAGAUCCACAUAUUAUGUCAGCAUCCCCCUCUGUGAUCUCCAGACCAAUCAUCCCAAAGACCACUAGGGUGUCUCUGGCUUCACCAAACAGAGGACCCACUGGUGCCCAUGGUUCCACCCAGCAGGUGGCCAUGCAGAUGCCUGUGAGCACAUCCCAUCCUAACAAACAGAUCAGUAUCCCUUUGUCUGCCCUGCAACUGCCUGGACAGGAUGAGCAAGUUGCUUCGGAGGAGUUCCUGCCGCAUUUGCCCAGCCAGGUCUCAUCCUGUGAAGUAGCCCUUUCUCCCUCAGUUAACACAGAGCCUGAAGUGAGCUCCAGUCAGCAGCAGCCCCCUGUUGCUCCAACCAUAACCACUGAGGCCACUGCACAGUGCAUACCAGACCAGGAUGAAAGAGCAGCUGAGCUAAGCAGGGAGCAGAACGAGAAAACCAUCCGGAGCACGCAGACUGCGCUCCGCAAUUUCCCUUAUUCUACUAAGCUCAACAAAUUUCCUGUAUUUAAUAUUAACGAUGACUUGAAUGAUCUAUGUACCAGUGCGGUAAGCCCAAACACCACCAAAGCCACUCGAUAUGCCCUAAAUGUGUGGCGCUACUGGUGCAUGACCAACGGGCUCAAAGACCACACGGACAUCACCAAGAUCCCUGCAGUGAAGUUGAAUGAGCUGCUGGAGAACUUUUAUGUCACCGUCAAGAAGAGUGAUGGCUCAGACUUCCUGGCUACCUCACUUCAUGCCAUUCGCCGAGGCCUGGACCGCAUCCUGAAGAAUGCAGGUGUGGGUUUUUCCAUCACCAGCAGCACCUUCAGUUCUUCCACCAAGAAACUCAAGGAGAAGUUGUGGGUGCUGAGUAAGGCAGGAAUGUCAGGUGCCCGUUCCCGUAAUAUUGUCUACUUCUCCCUGUCUGACGAGGAAGAGAUGUGGCAGACAGGGUGUCUAGGGGAUGCUAGCCCCAUCACUCUCCUGUCUACUGUGGUCAAGUACAACAGCCAGUACCUGAAUAUGCGGACACUGCAGGAGCAUGCAGAUCUAAUGUAUGGUGACAUUGAGCUGCUCAAAGACCCACAAAACCAGCCCUACUUUGCCCGGACAGACAGUGUCAAGCGAGAGAGUCGGAGUGGUUCCACUAGAGUGUGUCAUGGCAAAAUCUACCAUGAGCAUUCCAGGGGACACAAACAGUGCCCUUACUGCCUCCUCUACAAGUACAUGUAUAUCCAUCGGCCGCCCACCCAAAUGGAGGCCAAGUCCCCCUUCUACCUUACAGCCAGGAAAGAGACCACAGACAUGGGCAGUGUGUGGUAUGAGGAGCAGAGGAUGGGACUGCGGUCUCUCCGGGGAAUUGUCCCAAACUUAGCCAAGAAGGUCAAGCUGGACAACUGUGAGAACUUCACCUUCGUCUCCUUCACUCAGGUCUCCAGAAGGCUUGGCUCCCACAGCUGCUGCCAGUGAGCCUCCUGGGCCCAGGCCACUGUCCUGCUCACCCUCCCAGGAGGAGCGCCCUUGGUGGCCAAGGCCAGAGUCUGCAGCAAACUGGUUCUGAGGCAACAGAGUCUGACGCUCUUGACUCCAUGCUCCAGCUGGGCUCCAUUAGUACAGCAACUAUUCCUCAGACUUGAAAUUUUUUUUACAUGAAAGUAGAUGGAUCGGAAUAAUUCAGAUGUUUUUAUCUAAACAUGUCACCUUGUUAAAUCAUAGAGUCUAACACAAUAUAUAAUUGCCAUAUACAAGAGUGAAGAAAUUAAUUUUAUCUAGUGCCUUUUUAGCACAGGUUUUCUUGAAAAAAAGAAAAAGAAAAAAACUGUUUUAAGUAGUUACCAGUAACUACUGGUUUUAAGUAGUAGCCCAGUAGCCCAGUAGCUUUAGAGUGGUGUAAGGAUCAUUUACACUUUGUUGAAUCACUUUUACCUAAGGAACUAGAAAGAGAGAGGCAGACAUAUUAGAGAAAAAUUGUACUCCACACUCCUUUACAUUUUGUUGGUGGAUACCUUGGUCCUGUGGGGCAGGCGGCCUUGUGUGAGAACCACCCUGCUGCCUCUGCCAGGGGGCCAGGCUGCUCACUGAAGUGAAAGAUUCAUGUCCACUGUGUGUAGAGACAGUUUGAUGAAAAGAUUAAUGCUCUGAAAGGGUGUUUAUGAGAACAGUUUUCAGUGAGCUAGAUGGUUUGUGAGGGAAUUUCUAGUAGUCAGAGGACUUGGGAAGCCACCUGCAAUCCAAAUGUGAAAACCUCCCGAAGCAGAAGUGCCUACAUCUGUCUGAGUUCUCCACACCACGUGAGAGCACUUUCUGUUUGAACAUUUUUUAGAGUUCAUUUUUAAAAAAUCUAUUCCUUAUAUCAUACAGUUGUGUUGGCAGAUAUCCCUGGAUAUGCGAAAACAGCCAACUGAUGUUCAUCCUUAACCAUCAUAACCCAAUGAAAAUAAGCUGCGACGAAAACAUCCCCAAAUGCACUUAUUAAAGAGCUUUGAAACAUUUUUAAAUAAGUUCGAUUUUUCAGCCACAGUAGUUGUCCUCAUUUUAGGUUGGCACCAAAGCUUGGGGCACUGUGAUUUAGACAGUCUACCAGCUAAGCAAACCCAGCACGAAGGACAUAGUUACAAAAUCAGGUCAUCAUGAUAGGUUAUUCAUGCAGUUUAAAAUCAUUUCAUGUCAGUAAAACUCAACUUGAUCACAUGAUAUUUAAACACAGCAGAAUUUUCUAGUAACUACUUUCAAUGCAACAAUGGAUUUUUAAAAAGGAGCCCAAAGAGUGCUAAUUAAUAGUAGUAAUUUCUACUAUAUUUUAUAUUCAAGGAAAGACUGCAAUAAUUGUACCAUUAUGUUCUUAUGUAUACUUUCUAAUCCCAAAUUAAAAUUCCAAUACAAAUUCA